AUUGUAGGGGAAAGGCUUGGAUGACUUGAGACUGCGAUUGAAGGACAUAGAGUUGGCCACUGGAAAUUUUUCUAAAACCUACUGCAUUGGGUCAGGUGGAUAUGGUAUGGUGUACAAAGCAGAACUUGACCAUUUUGAUGGUAUAAAUGUUUUGGAAAUUGAAGGAAAGAGUGAAGUUGAAUUGCGUAAGAAAUAUGGUUCUGUGGCUAUCAAGCGCCUCUAUAGUAGAGUAGAUAGACAAGGAGAACAAGGGUUUGUUGCAGAAAUUAGAACACUUAGUAAUUGUAAGCAUCCAAACAUUGUCCCACUUUUAGGAUUUUGUGACGAAGGACGUGAGUUGAUUCUUGUUUACGAGUAUGUUGCUAAUGGAAGUCUUGAUAAUUAUUUGGGUGACAUGGAUAACGUGACUAAUCUUGAUUGGGCUCAACGUUUACAAAUAUGCCUUGAUAUAGCACUUGGAUUAAAUUAUCUUCACACCCGCAAACCAAUGAUAAUACAUCGAGAUAUAAAAAGUGCAAACAUCUUAUUGGAUGAUACUUGGGUGGCAAAGAUAGCCGACUUUGGGCUUUCGAAGUUACAGUGCACAAAUCAACAAGGUACCACCCUUAUUACCAACAAUGUUGCCGGUACAGAAGUGUACUUAGAUCCAGAAUAUGUGAACUCUGGGAAGUUGAAAAAGGAAUCAGAUAUUUACUCUUUUGGAGUAGUUCUCUUUGAAAUAUUGUGUGGGAGGUUGGCAUAUGAUAAAAUCUAUGGUGAGAAAGGGCUUCCAUCAGUAGCUCGACAACGCUACAAUGAAGGAACACUGAAGGGAAUGGUAGAUCCAAAAUUAAUGGAAGCUGAUGAAAUCAUUUCUAUGCUAAAAGGGUGUGUCAAUCAGGAUUCUAUAGAAACGUUCUUAAAAAUUGCAUAUCAAUGUUUGGCGGAAACUCAAUCCGAGCGUCCGACUAUGGCAGUCAUCAUUAAAGAACUUGAAGAAGCAUUGAUUUUUCAAAAAUACACGAACAACCUACAUAUAUCACUUACAAUGAUAAAAUUGGGUACACAAAACUUCAGUGAUUGCAAUUGCAUUGGAGAAGGAAGAUUUUGGAAGCUGUAUGAAGGAGAAGUUGUGCAUGCUUACGCAUGUACCCCCGUUGUUGUAAAGCGGUGGGAUGGCAAGUAUCAUCAAGGACAUAUACAGUUUUUGACGGAGUUUGAAACGCUUCUCAAAUAUAAACAUGAGAACAUUAUUGGUCUUGUAGGCUACUGUAACCAAAUGAAUGAAAAAAUCAUCGUUUACGAGCAUGCCUGUAAUGGAAGUCUCGCUAAACAUUUGGACAAUCCUAGUCUUACAUGGAUGAAACGCCUCAAGAUAUGCAUUGAUGCUGCAACUGGAUUGAAAUUUCUUCAUGAAGGUGGUGUAGAGCAAGAGUAUUUGAUGCGGCAUAGGGACAUUAGAAGUGGUAGCAUUCUACUUGAUGCUGAUUGGAAUGCUAAAAUUUCUAAUUUGGAGUUCUCCGUUGAAAGAGGUAAACUUGUGGAUGAUAAUGCUUGCACCUCGUUGGGAUACACUGACCCAAAGUACGAAAAUGAGGGUUUCCUAACACAGCACUCGGAUAUAUACUCGUUAGGUGUGAUUUUGUUUGAGAUGUUGUGCGGGAGAUUGGCAUGUGCAGAGGGAUGUGAGAAUCACUCUCAAUCGUUAGGUCCCUCAGUUGUAAGAUACUACAAUGAAGAAGGAAAGCUUGAUAAGAUGAUAUUUGAGGGUAUAAAGGAACAAAUUAUGCCACAAUCAUUGACUACAUUUCAAACUGUUGCCAUUCAAUGCUUAGAGGUUGACCUGGAUGAGCGGCCUAAUAUAAACGAGCUAAUAAUACAGCUUAAAAAGGCAUUGGAAUUCCAAGAGGAUUAUGAAAUAUGGGAGCCCAAGCUGCCUAUAGACUACAAAGAAAUCAUCCGGGCGUCAAAAACUCCAGAGUGUGACUUUGAAAUGAAAAAGGAUCUCUACGACAUGUUGUCUAAAGGAAUCCUCCUUCAAGACGCCAAAGUGUUGUUCUCACUCGGAAGUAACGGGGAAAGAAAUGAAAUGAUAUCAGCAAAAAGAUUUUCAUAUAAGAACCAUUUGUUACCUAAAUGGCGAUCUCUUCCCGAAUCAAGGUUCCCGAAAGUAGCAGAGAUGUUUUAUGUAUCAAAUUUGAAUAUUCAGAUCAAGAUAAGAACACAAUAUUUAUCUCCAAGUGACAAUUAUAAAGUUCAUCUCAUCUUUAGAUUUAGUGGUCCAAGAAAAUCUCAAGCUAAGCGGAUGUAUGUGAACCUAAAGUACAAAAUGGGGAAUGAAAGCUUGAAUGCAUAUUUCGCAACAUGGAGAGAAGAUGGGUGGAUGAUGAUUGAAUUAUUUCAAUUCUUGAAUCACAAAAAAGAUACUGAUUUUGAGGUUCUACUGGAAGGCUUUUCACGAUGCUAUUGUGGAAGUGAUUCCAUCUACAUUGAAGGCAUUCAGUUUCAAGCAAUUGACAAUGUAAAACACGAAGAAAUUGAAAAGUUAAAGGGAGUCCAUCAAGCCUUGAAAUCAAAAUCGAAGGCGGAUAAGUUGUGGUUAUAUCCAAGUCCCAUGAAGGUAAAGAAAGAUUGCGUGACUUGGUUCUCGUUAUGUCAAAAAAAGAGAAAGAAAGACGAGAUGCUUGCUUCAAAUGAAGAUAUGCUUUCUAAUGUGGCAAUCCAAUCCAGAUAUAGUGGGGCGAUUGAGUUUCAACGACAGCAAGUAUUGCAUAUCAAGUGUGAGAUCAAAACUCAAAUGUUGUCAGAAAAUACCGGAAAUGUGUGCUACCUCGUGUUCAAGCUUUCAGAAAAGUGCCGUGGGUUGCAUGGUCCGGUGAUAGUACGCGAUUUGUUCCACUGGAGAAGCAAAGAGACGGGAGUUGUUUAUUUUAGAUACCCAAACCCCUGGAAUGUACACGAUACUGACUGGGUUCCAAGACAGAGGAAAGAUGGAUGGAUGGAGGUUAUUGUGUGGAAAUUCAAUUCAAAAUAUGAGCCUAAAAAUAAUCAUCUUUUUGUUAAUUUGAAACUCAUAACUUAUGAAGGAACAAUGUCGGGCCUUAUUGUACAAGGCAUAUAUUUUCGUCCGAUCUAAGUUCGUACAUGACAAUUUUAGCCUUAUCUUAGUCUAAGCCAGAAGCAGCUCGGUAGGCAGAUCCGUUUAUAGAACAUAAUCAUAUGCUUGGUGCUGAUGUGGCGGUGUCAGUGUGAGCGAAUCUCCCGUUAAGAAUGAUAAGGCUGAAGGUGUGUCAAGGCUCACCAGAGAUGACACCCUGAAUGUUGAUUUAGAUGAUUCUUUGUGUAACACAUCGUUGUAAUCUAUUGCAAGAAGUAUGAAUGAAGUUUUAUGUUUCUCUUGUUAAAAUGUUUGUUCUUAUAGGUUUCAUGCUUAUCAUUGAAACCCGUCACAAACUGUAUUAACUUUAUCUUUGAUAAAUAUGGGAAAUUUCCUUUGCAGCAUGA